AUGUCUACAGACGUCGUGUCGAUCUCUUACCAAACACUUGUAUCUUCACCCUCGUCCCUAGAGACAUCUAUUGAGGAGGCGUUUGGAUCGCAUCCUCAGGCUCUCGGGCUUAUACUUGUGAAAGAUCUUCCGCCUGUAUACCCUGUCUACAGAGAAAGAUUGCUCAAGCUUGCAUACAAAUUCGCUCAUCUGGACGAGGACGUAAGAGAGAGAUAUGUGGACCCUGGGAGUAUAUACAGCUACGGAUGGUCGCACGGCAAAGAAAUCAUGAAUGGACGACCAGAUACGCUGAAAGGAUCAUACUACGCUAACCCAGUAGUAGAUGUUCCCGACGUCAACCCCGCUGUAAAAGCUGCGUAUCCACCAAUCUACGGCGAUAACGUUUGGCCCGACAAGAACCAAAGCGGUAUAGAAGGUUUUGAAGAAGCCUUCAAGGAUCUGGGAGGGUUCGUUUUCGAUGUUGGGUGUCAACUUGCGGGCGCCUGCCAGCCCUUUGUCUCCAAAUAUUUGACAGACGUGUCUUUAUCCGUUCCAGAACUCAUCAGCACACAAACCGCUAAGAGCUAG